AACCUGAUCAUGCAAACAUGUCGUAGCCUUGCUCCAGCUCAUCUGAAUUCUUGGGCGGUCGUCAGUCAAACGCAUUUCGGCGUCGGUUACAUGGCUACAGUUGUUAUUCUCCGGGCGAGUUCCAUGAAAUGUCCAGUGAUGGUGCAUCGCUUGCUGCUCGGUAGUCGGACGAAGAGCCGGUUUUAUCCAGUCAUGACGCACUGGCUGCCGCCGGCCUGAGGCGUCUCCGACUCGGCGGCUGCGGCGGCGGCGGUGCGGGCGUCAGAGUCACUCCAGCGGUGUCGUUGGGACUGGAAGCUGCUCCGACGGACGGCUGCGGCGGCCACGUGACCCGAAGCUGGAGCAAUCACCAACCGAGGCAGCAGGUUACAGCGAGGAACCGGGUCUGACAGCCAGUACCCACUGAUGAAGAUGAGGCGUCCCACUAAGCAGCGAGCUCGCCAAUGGGAGGCCACUUCCCUGCUGCUGUGGCUCCUGCUGCUACCAGCCGCCGCCACGGUGACCGGCUGCGCGGACCCCUCCUGCCGUCCGCUGGUAACCACUCGGGAGGGCACGGUGCGUGGCACGGUCGGCCAAAGCGCCGACGGACGGCCGUACCUGGCGUUCCGUGGGGUGCGGUACGGCGCCCCGCCGGUGGGUGCGCUGCGGUUUCAGCCGCCGCUCCGGCACCCAGGCUGGCAGGGCGUGGUCGAGGCAGACCGCCACGGCACCCACUGCCUCCAGGUGGACUCUAUGGACGGAGACACCAUCAAGGGCGCCGAGGACUGCCUGUUUGCCAACGUGUACUCGCCGCGUCUCCCGGAUCCGUCCCGACCCGCCACCGCCGGUCUGCCGGUCAUGGUAUUCAUCCAUGGAGGAGGAUUCACGAUCGGCAGUGGAGAUGACGAGUUCUACGGACCGAGCUACUUUAUGGACGAGGACGUGGUGCUGGUGACGUUCAACUACCGACUCGGACCGUUCGGUUUCUUCACGACGCAUGACGCGGCAGCUCCUGGAAACUACGGCCUGCUGGACCAGGUGCUGCUGCUCCACUGGGUGCAGGACAACAUCGCCGCGUUCGGCGGCGACCCGCGCGCGGUGACCAUCUUCGGCGUGUCGGCCGGCGGAGCCAGCGUGUCGCUACUGGUCCUCAGUCCUCUGGCCCGUGGCUUGUUCCACCGGGCUAUCAGCCAGUCUGGCACGUCGGUGGCCAGUUUUGCGGCCAGCGGACGACGCAAGGACGCCGCGCAGACGCUGGCCGCUCGGCUCGGCUGUCCGACCGGCGACUCGGCUGCACUGGUCGGCUGUGUGCGCGCCGCUCCCGCAGAGGCCGUGGUGCGGUCUGUGAGAGGUGAGAAGGAGCUCUUCCAGCCGCGCAUGGACGGCGCAGACUCACGGCAGCCGCUGCUGCCCGACGACCCGCGUCGGCUGCUCGAGCGAGGCGCCUUCAAUCGGGUACCCUGGAUAAGCGGUAUCACGGCAGAGGAAGGUGCCUUCUUUCUACCCUUCACUGUCGCCAACACUACACUAAUGGCCGGCGUGUUCGCAGGCCAGCCGGCCGCCUGGGCGCGGCUGGCCGACCUCUGCGACGACUCACGGUACCGAGUGCUCGACUGCGGCUACUCGGUCGAAGGACAGGGGGCCAGAGUGCGCCAGUUCUACGUCUCAUCCCCGGCCGGAGGCGGCGGGGUGCCGGGACCAAAUAACCUUCUGCCGGUGGUGCGAGUCCUCUCGGACCGUCUGUUCGUGGCGCCGAUGGUGGCAGAGACGCGACUAGCCUCCCGCUUCACGACCGUGUACCGGUAUCUACUCGACGAGCGAGGCGCGGGUCGGCUCACCUACCGACGGAGGCAUCCCGCACCGGUGGCGGUACCUGACUUCGGGCCGACCCACGCAGACGAUGUGCUGUACCUGUUCAGUAACUCUCAGCUACCCACAUCCCCACGCAACACACCGUCCGGUCACCUCAUCCGUCUAAUAGUCAGCACAUGGGUGACGUUCGCACGCACGGGUCGACCCGCCGCUCCAGGGCUGCCUGAUUGGCCGGCGUUUACGGAGCUCACACAGCAGCACAUGCGUCUGAACACGGCUCCUUCAGUCGACCAGCGGCUGUUCGAGGCUCGGGCCGACUUUUGGCAGACGGUGCCCAUCAAUGAGCCGUGGAGGCAUGUUGUGCAGAUGUCCUGUCGGUUGGGAGGAGCCGCCUCCGGCCAGCCCGGCACGGCGACGGGCUUCUAGGAACAGCAGUGACAAGCGUGACAGAACGAUCGAAUAUUGGUGCUACGUGAGAGAAAUAUUAUUGACAGGUCAGGUGCUGAUUAACACGUUUUAUACACCGCUUUACCAGACUCACAGCAGGCGAUGCAUAUGUUGUAGUGUAGCAUGAACACUUGGAAUAAACAUUUUUAUGCUCA